AUGACGGAAGAUUUUGCACAAUCAAUCUUAAAGAUAGGAGAAGGCCGUACCGGCCUUGCUCUCGAAAUCUUGAGGCUAAAGCCUUCAUUGGGGAAGAAAUUGAACCUUGAUGAUCUUAGUCCACUGCACCUGGCUUUGGGUAAUGGACACACCAACACUGUGAGACGACUCGUCAAGCAUGAUUCGGACCUCAUUCGUAUCCCAGGGAGGGAAGGGAUUACUCUUUUGCAUUAUGCAGUGGAAAAAGAGGACAUUGAUCUUUUGAUUUAUUUUCUUAUCGUAUGUCCAUCCUCAAUAAAUGACUGGACCGUUCGAGAUGAGACUGCUGUGCAUAUUGCUGUGAGAAACAGCUUCUGA